UUUGAACAUAACAUGAGCGCUACAUCUAACUUAUACGCUUCUAAAGCUGGCCAGUGGAAACAAUCCUGGUUCGAAUAAUCUUUCAGAUUCUGUCGAAACAUGUGAUGAGAAAGGAAAGUCGUCGAAGAAAAAAGGACUGAGAAGUUUGUUUAGGCACGUUUCGCAUUCAAAGCAUUCUAACCGUAGUCAAUGUUCUACGAGCGAGCCCAAAACAUUGGAAGCGAUUCCGGCGAUUAAUUCGUCUGAUGUGAAGGAAAAACCACUACAUAAUAACCGGAAACCAUUGUGGGACGUUUUGGAGACUGGUGGCUCUACGCGAAGUAGUAGCCUUUCAGGUUAUGAGACGCAACUGCCCGUAGACUAUCAUAUAGGAGCUACUUUUCUUGACCCUAACAAUCCGAAGUCUAAGAAAAGUGUUGAAUCUAUUUCGGACCGUGGUGUAUUUCCGGUUGAGGUGUCAACUUCCAGCUCAUCAGCAUGUAAUACCUCAUUAUCGAGCAAAACUAUCAUCACAGUAACCAAUUCAACACCCGAAACACAUAACAAUAGAUCGUUUCAUACUUCAGUGCCUCGCGCAUAUGCUUCUAUGCCCCAUGCCAUGUUACCUGUUUAUUACGGUUGUGAGCCAAGUAAUAAUUUACAAUCAUCCCCUCGAACGGAGUCAAUCACUAGUACAAAUGUAUAUAGUUUGAACAAAUUAAUGGGAGAUUAUAAACCAAUCAAUUCGCACUCAGUAUUAUCAUCGUCAUCAUCACCCGUUUCUGAUUUUGUCGGUGCUGAUGCUGCCCCUGGCAGCGGCAACGCUACUUGCCAUGAUGAUCUUACCAAUUCUAUUGAUUCUGAAUUGACAGCCUGUAAAAUACAACAAUUACAACAUGAUAUGGUGCAACUUGAAACUGCAAUAAAGGAUAACUUAAAUGAACAGAAAGAAUUGAAUGAUCGAUUAUUUGAACAAUUGGCUGAAGUAUCGAAACCGGAAAAUAAUAAAAAUAAAUCAUCAUCCUCCUUGUUGUCAUUGUCAUCAUUAUCAAACGACCAAUCUGUCUCCCAUGAAAGUGAAAUUAAACGUAUGUAUAGUGAAAAGUUAAAAACACUUAAAAAACAAUUUAAAGCAUUAAAUGAACAAUUACAAACAACACGUUAUGUUAUUUCCAAAACGACAACAUAUGAUGAUAGUGCGUAUCGUAAGAAGAGUUCUUCACGUCCUGUCGGCUAUUCAUUCUUUACACCUAACGAUCGAAAGAAACAUAAGAAAAUGACAAAAAGCCAUUUGGCCACAUCCAAUUUGUUGUAUCCUCCCGAUUCAUCUAGUUUACUCCUACCUGAGAAUGUAGCUAGUAGUAGUUCUCAACCACUUCGAACUGGUUCAUUACCCUCUACUAAUGGGGUUAACCCUAUCAGUUGUGGUGGAUAUGACGCUGGUGGACGUAGUAUGAUUAGCGGUCUAAGCGGUAUGAUUGGUACAUCAAAAGAUGAUACAUGUCCCAGUAUAGAUCCAUCUGUUGCUGUCAAUUCGAACACAGGUGCAUUUUCAUGGUCGGACAGUGGAGAUAAUACACUGGCACGAAUAUUUGAAUUUCUUGGCGUAUCACCAAAUCAAGUGUUCAAUAGUCAAAAUCUAAUGUUUAUCGGUAAUAAUAAUGUUCCAAGUGUUGGUUCUUCAGGUUCAUCUGCAUUGUCUGCUUCAGGAUUAGGCGUUUUAGAUAAAGCUAAAGCUGGAUCUAAAAGUCAUAUAAGUGGAGCUAAUGUUAUCUCACCAGAAUCACUUAGUACUCCUCAUACUGGCGGUAUUGUUACAGGGAGUUUAAGUGGUGGUGUUGCUGCUGGUAGUAUUGGCCACCUAGGUAAUUCAACAAUGAACAUUUCACUACAUAAUUUGGCACUUGCAUUUGCUUAUCUUUAUCGUCGUCAAGAAUGUCAAUUCGCCUCUCUAACCAAUCAACAAUCACAGAUAUUUCAAGAACUUCGUGAUGAAUUAUCUGUUAUGCAUAGUGAAACACUUAGUAUUCAGUCUACACUGAAUAAUUUAACAACAGAAUUAGAAGCUAUUCGACGUGAUGCAACCACAAAAACCGAGUUACAAAAUCAAAAACUAACCGAUGCCAGUUCACGUAUUGAACGAUUGGAUGCUAUAGCUGAAGAAUCUCGACAAGCUUUACCACAUGAAUUAGCAGCUAUACGUAAUGAAUUUCAUGAUUCCUUAUAUUCAGUUGAAUAUCAAGUGACUACAAAAAUACGCGAUCUAAGUGAUAAUAUUACAAGUAUUAAUAAUAAGGUAAGCAUGAUUGAAAAACCUCAUGAUCAAUCCAAUACACUUGAUUUACAUGGUACAGAAUUAGAUCGUAUUCGUCGUAAAGUUUUACACUAUUUAACUGAUUUAUGUGUAUCAUUCUUCGCACUAGUUACUAUGCUACUUCAAGUGCUUAUACGUUGUUUAAAUCUGGGCGCUGUUCUAACGGAAAAUAGGAAACUUGCUGUUUGCUUUUCCAUGACAUUGUUAGCUAGUUGUUUGCUUGUAUAUACAUCGGAUCCUAUUAUUUUAUGGCUCAGGGAAGAUGAUACCAUUACAAAUCCGGCUACAACAACAACAACCAUACAUCGAAGAUCUCAAUACUGGAGAAAUAUACUUAUUGCUAUCCUGUCAUUUUUUCGAAGUUUUUCCCGUGAAAUGACUUGAAGCAAUAUUUUGAUUUAUCUAAAGUACGCUUGUCUUGUCUCCUUUAUUCAAUGGUUCUCUUCACCUAAAGGUUUAUUGUCUUUCAUGGCAAUUACCUGGUGCUUCAUUACAUAUAUAUAUAUAAGUAUUCUUUUUUACUGAGAUUAGUGCUAUUUAUGCUUCCUUAAAAAGCAUGAUGGAUUUCUAUCAUUAUUCACACAUAUAUUUAUACAUGAAACAAAUCUAUCAUGACAAGUGUUCUAUAAAAAUGCUUUAUCUGAAGGCUUAAUUCUAUUUUAAACCAUCUCAUUGAUUAGUUGAAUAGAAUUUAUUUAUUAGUAAUAACUGAUCAACAGCAUUAUUUGAUCUUGUUCUGACACAGUCUUAUUUACAAUUAUUCACUUAUUUUAUUUAUUUUUCCAUGAAAUUUUCUGUUGAGUUACCUCAUUGUAAAAAUGUGUGUUUUUACUUUUAAGUGUUUUUUUUAAAAUUGCUAUUGCAUCUUCAUUAGCCUAUUUUUUAACCUUUCGACUUAUUCAUUUUGUUCCUAUGUAGUUUUUCUUCUUAUUAUGGACAUUGUUCUUCUCACACCCGGUUUUGUCUAUCUACCCCUUGUUAUUGCAGUGUUACACUGUGGAUUGUGUACUGAUGCUUGUCCAAUGUGUACUCUGCUUAUUCUUGAGAGUUUUCUGAAUCAACUAAAUAUUCUAAUUAUAUUAACAGAAUAAUCUUAUUUCUUUUAUUCAUCUCAUGUCGAUUUUCGUUGAACAAAAUUUAUGUUAUAAUGAUAUCAAUCCAUUGCUGUAUUUUGUAACAUUCUGCUAUGAAUACCGUUACAAACUAAUGUUGUUUAUCAUUAUCAUUUAAUAUUACUUUUCAUUUUAAAAUCUCGUUGUCAUAUACGUAUUAACUCUUGACUAGAACCAGUCUUUCAAAAAAACAAACAACGAUUUGUUUUUCUCUUAUUAUUAUUUACUUUUCCUUACCUCUUAGUAAAUCCAAUCAGUUUGUUUAGUAAUCAUAUGCAUAAGGAGAUAGACAUCGAUGUAAAGCUGUUCAAUUUUCUUUGUAUUAAAAUAAAACAUUUCUCGGAAUAUUUUCAUUUUAAACUUUCUUUUCCAUUUUGCUUUAUUUGUCUACUAAAAACAGAUUGAUGAGUGGCUUGUUAAUCGAAUAUAUAUAUAUAUAUAUAUAUAUUCGCUACAUUGUAAAUCAAAUACUAUUAUACAGUUUGAACAG